AUGACCCCAACACGAUUAACUCCAACCAAAUAUCCAUCAUCUUCAUCUGGUUACUGGUAUAUUACAAAGAGGAAGAGCAGGAGAUCCAUUAAUGGGAGUUCUAGACGAACUCCAAGAUGCAGUGGUGCUUCUUGUCUAUUAAAAUCAAGAUCUCCAAUUCCAGUCCUACAGCUAGCAUCUCAUGUCUCACCAGCUGUUAGAGCUGUAUUUCCACACAAUAAUCUAGAUGAAGAAAGAGACGCCCAAAGAAAUCCAGUUGGACUCUCACGUCGUGGUACAUCUCAUCUCAAGAACCCAACCCAACCAGUCAUUUAUUUGUCUUCUGCAAUCACUCGUACAGAUUUGAUAGCUUCUGCAGAAUAA